GGGACCGGCAUUGAGAAGGCACACAAGCUCUCAGUCUCCGAAGGUGACAAGACGCGUUCCUGCUCAGUGCGAUCCGUGAAAAAGCGUGUGUGGACCCCCAAAGGAUACCCAGCAGCGCCGCAGUCGCCGCUACCCGCCAUCACCAUGACCGGCAACACCUUCAAGCUCCUCGGAGCCUUCGCGUUGUGUUUAGUGGUGGCCUCCGCCGCGUCCGUCAACGUGGACGCCAACUCGAUACAAGACAGUGAAGGAUACGGUUUCGAGGAGUGCCUCCGCAAGGACUCCAUCUCGUGUGUGCAGCACCAGGUGUACCGCCACCUCAGAUCCUUCUUCGACCAGAAGUCCGUGGAGCUGCCCGGCGGCUUCGCCCUCGUCAAGGAGGGCGAGCCUUCCCGCGACGGCCGCUCCGCCGAGGAGGUCCUGCCCGAGGGCGCCGUCGAAGACCGCGAAGAGGCUCUCGAGACCUUCGCCGUCCAGAAGGCCACCGAGUUCUUCUCCGAGAGGAGCCUGCGAUGGAACGUCCAGCCCCUCGUCAGCGACGUGAGCGCCGGCGCCCGCGCGCUCAUGGACUACGUGCCCACCGAGCUCAAGGCCAAGGUCACCAGCUUCAUGACUGAGGGUCGUGGCAAGAAGAAGAAGAUCAUCCGUGCCCUGAUCCCCGUCCUGCUCGCCGCCAAGAUGAAGAUCGUCGGUUUCCUGGGUCUGGCCUACGUCAUCAUCGCCCUGAUCGCCAAGAAGGCCAUCCUCGCCUCCCUCGUGUCCCUCGCCAUCUCCGGCUUCAUCGCCCUGAGGAAGCUCCUGGGCAACCAGUCCCACGGCCACGAGGUGAAGGAGGUCCACGCCGAGUACGCUCCCCACGGCUGGUCCGGCGGCUACUCCUCCGGCGGCUGGGACGGCGGCGACGCCCACGGCUCCUACUCCUCCCCCGUCGCCCACGCGCUGGCGUACAACGGCCAGAAGCCCAUCUCACGGCGGUGAGGCACAGGCCCACCCUAUCCACCCAACCAGCGCUGCCAUGUUGCUCGAGAGGUGAUACAUCGCGGACAGUCCUGGACGCGCUAUUGAAGAACCUCCCGAGCGUACAAGCAUUAAUUUAUUUGUAAAUAAUUUAUUAUUUUUCCAUGUUGUAUUGUUUGUUUUCCUUUCAGAAACCGACACGUAAAUGUUAACGAAACCGUAACAACGACAAACGGAACUUUUACACUGCUCUUUGAAAGUCGAAGAUGAUACUCCUAAAACUAUACGUUACAACCUCUAGUCCUAUAUUUGAGCACAGGCUUACAAUGAACCAAGACUUAAGUCUAGGAUCAGACGACAGACCAAAGACUUAGGCUACUGACUCAAGACAAUUGACUCUGGACGGCUUGACUGAGAACUUUCCCAUCCUUGACUUUUAACGUUAGACGAUGAAUGAAGUAUUAGAAUCCUAGCAACAUAUCUCAGGUACCUUUUUAACGAGUGCUCCCGCCUAGAUGGGUGGCGCCACCUUUCCUCAUCUUUUUGCUAUUCCUGUCUGACUGACCGGCGAAGACUUCUUUCCUUUCAGUGUUUCUCUAAUUGUUGUUAAGUGACUCCCUUGUUCGCUCUCAUGCAUCUUCUCUGCUCUGUGAUAUUACUUUUUCUUCUCGGUUGGAGCCAUGAGCUACCAUCAGUGUUACAUAGCGUCAGAGGAACACGCACACCAGAUGGAUUCUUUCAUUACCAUGCAUCUUUUUAAUGAAACCUGUGUAAUGAAUCUCCUUGUUAUGCCCAAGAAAUAACAGAACUUUACUAACGGAGCAUUGAGCGUCCCACUUAACACGUCUAGUCCUUUGUAUUUUGCUCAAAACGAUGAUUGACUUCUUCAUGACAGACCUCUUUAAUUGAAGGACGAUAUUUCUUUAUCUAACAGCUCAUGCUUUGACUUAAAACGUUUACUUUUGUACAUAGCUGAAAUUUCCUGCUUACUGUUAACUUUGUGACACACUCUACUACCCACACUGACUGACUUAAAAAUCUACCCUUCAUCCUCCUUAUUUAUUGAAUUAAUUUAUUUUGCAUUUUUAUACUUCUCCGUCCUACUGCUGCCCCUGUUCAUUUCAAAGGUAGAAGAAUGUCUUCCUUCAUUCGCUAACUGUUCCACCUGGUUCUGUUGUGUUUCUUAUUUAUAAUUUUGGAGAUCUUCCACUGUGUGUCUGAUGAAACGGAGAGAACAAUCAUGUGUUCCCUGUCUUGUUCGAAAAUAAAGAAAAAUUUGCUGCGA